AUGUGGAAAGAUCCGCGAAAUUAUUACAAGGAUCGGAUUGUUGCACAUCAUAAAGAUCUAAAUCAGCGCGUUUCUUGCUACGAAACAAAAAUAAUUGCAUCGAGGGUGAGACGUGCAGUGCGUCCGUUUGGUGACAAACUCAUUGAGGCUUUACCUAUGUGGGAGAUAAUCCCGUCAAUGUCGUGGGUCAUCUUAUGUCAUCUUUUUGAACUCCUUUCGACUUUUGUUUGGUAG